CCAACUGCAGUGUCAGUGUCAGUGUCACCGUUCCAUAAAAAUACUAAGCUUUUAGCUUUGGGUUAUUUAGUUUUGUUAUCAAUUCUCUAAAAGAAAUAAAAAUAGCAAUCGUAAAAGAAGAAAUAUUUCUUAAAUCAAUUUCAAUAAAUAUUGUCUUGUUAUAAAAAUCAUGAAUUUUAAAGAGGAAUUGGCAGUUCUGGCUUACCAGAACUAUUUGAAAAAAGACUUCACAUCGGCAUUGCAAAACCUAUGCGACUUGGAAGGUAUAGUUUCUAACAACAACACGUUAUUGAGACGAGUACAACACAACAAGGCUGUUGUUGAAUUUGCGGCCAGCAACCUCAAGAACAUCGAUCAAUUCAAAAUGGCAAUCUCCCAUAUCUCAAAUCUUACAUUUACAGACAUCGAUAUCAAAGAUUUGAGCAUACCAUGUAUGUUAUACAACUAUGCGGUGCUCCUCUAUCACUCUAGAUAUUACUAUCAGUGUGCAGUUAUUUUAGAAAAACUGUUGACAUGUAAGAACAUAAAAGAUGUUAAAUUGCACAAUCAGAUUGUAUUGCUGUUGCUCGAAGCGACAUUAUGCAGAAGGACAUAUGAGAAAACACUUGAUAUUUCAAAAACUUAUGGGGAAUCUUUAAAAUCUAACAAUGAGAUUAGUGCUCUAUAUGAGAGACUUGUGUCGAGAGCACAACUUUACCUGGGACACAAGAUUAAGUUAAAACCAGACUCUAUUGAAAAUGUAUUCAUUAUAGCUCAAGAGAAAUAUCUCAACGGAGAUAUUAUGGAGGCAGCCACCACACUCAGCCAGUAUAAGACAAUGAAAUAUAACUAUGAUCUUAAAACUCAAGGUGAAGACAUCUGGGCAGCUAUCAACAAUAAUCUUGGUGUCAUAUAUCUAUCAAUUAAGAAACCAUUUUUGGCAUCAAAAUAUUUUCAACACGCUGUUAAAGAACACUUUAAAGCAAUGGAGAAUGAUGACAGUGACAUGUUAAUUAUGUGUAAGGAUAGACCACUGUAUGUAUUUAAUUUGGGUCUGGCAUUACUUGCUGCAAAUAAUUCUGAGGGAGCAUUUGAGUGUCUAGUGGAAGCUGCUCGACACUAUCCUAAUAAUCCACGAAUUUGGUUAAGGCUUGCAGAAUGUUGUGUAAAAAAAUGUUGCAGUGAAGACGCUCACUCCUUCACAGUCAAAAAACUAGGCAGCGGGCCGCAUACAAAAAUAUUAUUAACAAAAGAGAAUAAUGAAAAGUAUCCUGUAUCAGGUGAUUCUUUUGCCAUACCCUCAUUGUCUUUAGAAUUUGCAGCCCUAUGUUUAAAGAAUGCGAUCACUUUACUACCUGAUCAGGAUGCAUCAACAAGUACAUCUGCAGGUUUCAUCCAAGCUCCGCCAGGGCCACCUAUCAAUUGGAAACAGAGAUGUGACCUAAAGAACUCGAUCCUAGUUCUCCAGAGUUAUAUAUUCUUGCAAUUGCAAGAUCCUCUCUCAGCUCUUCUCAGUGCUAAUGAGCUUUUGACCCAGACAGAUGCAACUAAUGCCCAAAAAGCUUGGGCUCACAUGUAUGCUGCAGAAGCCUUGAUAAAUCUUGACAAAACCGCUGAUGCGGCAGACCAUCUGCAUCCGCCUUUGAUUAAUGAUUUGGUUUCAGUUCUACCUAGACAUACAAGAGACUUGGUCUCAAUUUCAGUGUGGGCUAAGGCUGCUAUAUGUCAAAUCUUGAGAGGAGAUUUGCUGACAGCAAGAAAAAUUUUACUGCAAAUCAAUUCACCCAGAGUUUUACCUCUACAAAUGUACUUGGAAAUCUGUACAGGAAAUAUUGAUAAUUGCCAUACAAUUUUACGCAAAAUACGUACAUCUACAUUUUAAUUUUAUUAAAUGUUUAUUUAUACAAUUGAA